GGGCUGGUAUCUGGCCGCUGUGUGGUAUGUGUGUGUAUGUGGUCGGGUUGUGGUUGUGUAUCAGUUCGGGCCGGGUUGAUAACGCCACGCUUUCAACGAAUUUCACGCAGAGAGAUGGGAAAUUAAGAAGACAUGGCUCUAUAUCAAAUCGUGCUCACGUUGGUCGUCCUGUUGGCGCUGGUGGCUGGCGGCAGUGCCCUUCAAUGUAACUGCACCAACUGUGAGAGAACGGGCUUUGAGUGCGAGACGGACGGGGCCUGCAUGGCCUCCACCUUCAUCAGCCAGGGGAAGGAGGAGCAUGUGCGCAUCUGCAUCGCCCGGGAGCACCUGGUGCCCCCGGGACAGCCCUUCUACUGCCUGAGCGCCGAGGGGCUGCUGAACACACACUGCUGCUACGAGGACUACUGCAACAGCGUGGAUCUCAAGGCUCCUGUCCCCAGGAAAGGGGACGGCUGGUCGGGGACCUGGGGCCCCGUGGAGCUGGUGGCGGUGAUCGCGGGGCCGGUGUUCCUGAUGUGCGUGGUGCUGAUGGGGGGCGUGUUCCUGUUCCAGUACCACCAGCGGGCCUACAGCCACCGGCAGCGUCUGGACGUGGAGGACCCGUCCUGUGACCACCUCUACCUGGCCAAGGACAAGACGCUGCAGGACCUCAUCUACGACAUGUCCACCUCCGGCUCCGGCUCAGGCCUGCCGUUGUUUGUGCAGCGCACGGUCGCACGGACCAUCGUGCUCCAGGAGAUCAUCGGGAAGGGGCGCUUCGGCGAGGUGUGGCGGGGGAAGUGGCGGGGCGGCGACGUGGCAGUGAAGAUCUUCUCGUCGCGGGAGGAGCGCUCGUGGUUCCGCGAGGCAGAGAUCUACCAGACCAUCAUGCUGCGCCACGACAACAUCCUGGGCUUCAUCGCCGCCGACAACAAAGACAACGGCACUUGGACCCAGCUGUGGCUGGUCUCGGACUACCACGAGCACGGAUCCCUGUUCGACUACCUGAACCACUACUCGGUAACCAUCGAGGGCAUGAUCAAGCUGGCGCUGUCGGCGGCCAGCGGCCUGGCCCACCUGCACAUGGAGAUCCUGGGCACGCAAGGCAAACCUGGCAUCGCUCACCGAGACCUCAAGUCCAAAAACAUCCUGGUGAAGAAGAACGGCAUGUGUGCCAUCGCUGACCUGGGCCUGGCCGUGCGCCACGAGUCCAUCACCGACACCAUCGACAUCGCGCCCAACCAGCGCGUGGGCACCAAGAGGUACAUGGCCCCAGAGGUGCUGGACGAGACCAUCAACAUGAAACACUUUGACUCCUUCAAGUGCGCCGACAUCUACGCCCUGGGCCUGGUGUACUGGGAGGUGGCCCGGCGCUGCAACACCGGAGGUAUCCAUGAGGAGUACCAGCUGCCCUACUUUGACCUGGUGCCGUCAGACCCGUCCAUAGAGGAGAUGAGAAAGGUGGUGUGUGACCAGAGGCUGAGGCCCAACGUACCCAACUGGUGGCAGAGCUACGAGUCGCUGCGUGUGAUGGGUAAGAUCAUGCGUGAGUGCUGGUACGCCAACGGUGCGGCGCGGCUGACUGCGCUGCGCAUCAAGAAGACUCUGUCGCAGCUCAGCGUGGACGAGGACGUCAAGAUGUGAGGCGGCCGGGGCGCGCGCGGCGAGGGACGACACAUGCAACGGAGUGACGCACGGAACAAAGAACACUAUGAGACGGACUGCAGCCGGAGAACAGCCCUGCCAGUUUUAAAACGCCAACACACUCCCAAGUUGUGACAAAGGCCUACCUCACCUUUUUUAGCCAAAACUACUGACAACCUCCCCCCCACCUUCGUCCCUCCUCCUGUUCUCCCAACCCUCUUCUUCAGCUUUUUCUAUUUUGAGAUUUUUCUGUCACCUCCCCUCCUUCAUUAUCUCCAUAGGCCCCGGCACCAAAACAUUAUCACUGUUAAUAGCAUCGCUCCCACCCUCUUCCUCCUUGUCCUACUAUACCCUCCUCUACCUCCUCCCCUCCCAAAAGCAGGCCAUGCUACUAUACCCUCCUCUUCAUCCUCCCCUCCCCAUAGCAGGCCAUGCUACUAUACCCUCCUCUUCAUCCUCCCCUCCCCAUAGCAGGCCAUGCUACUAUACCCUCCUCUUCAUCCUCCCCUCCCCAUAGCAGGCCAUGCUACUAUACCCUCCUCUUCAUCCUCCCAUCCCCAUAACAGUCCAUGCUACUAAACCUUCCUCUUCCUCCCCAUAACAGUCCAUGCUACUAUACCUUCCUCUUCCUCCUCCCCUCCCCAUAGCAGGCCAUGCUACUAUACCUUCCUCUUCCUCUUCCUCCCCAUAGCAGGCCAUGCUACUAUACCCUCCCCCUUUCCUCAUUCACCCCCCAAAACUGGACAUGCUACUGUACCCUCCUCUUCCUCCCCGUACUGGAUAUGCUGCGAGACCCUCCUCUUCCUCCUCCUCCACUCCCCUUAGCAGGUUAUGCUACUGGUGUACAGUGACUGGAUUGUUUUAAGUUGAUUUAUUUGAUACCUCUCUGGACAUUUGGCCCCAUGGUGAACUGACUUUGUCCAGAAGACUCAGCGAAUAAUGCCACGGGCUGAUGACGCAGACGACUCCAUAUGACUGUUGUCACGGCAACGCUUUCAAUGUAAACCUGUGUUUAGGGAGAGGCUCAAGCACUGUUUAUGUCAGGGUGGCCGGGGGAGGAGUGGGGCAGUCCCUCCCUUCGGGGGGGGCCGGGCGCGAUGGAACGGGUGGGAGUGGACGUGAUGGUUUAAGAAUGAACAAUAUUAACACAUGGCCCCUCCCCCUACCUCAACAGCCCGCUGACCGACGGGCGACGCGCUGUAUCGUAGCUUUCAGCACCUUGUGCACAGCUGUUUCUCGCCUCGUGCGUCAUUCUCCCACUUUUAAUGUCGCAGGGAUAGCGUUUAGUGGAUUGAAUUUCUAUUAAUUUAUUUGAGUUGUUUUUUUUUCGUCUCAUGUUGAUGAAUACACUGUGAUGUGCUACAAGCCAGUGUCUUGAUAUAUAAUCAACUUUGUUGUUUAGUACCAAACCCAUUGUAUUUAAGAAAAGGUUUAUUAUAUUGUUUAAAGAUGUUGACAUGUUCAUCAAUGCUCGCAUAAUCCCAUUGGUGACGGGCAAUGAGAUCACCCACACUGAGCAAAUAAGCGUAAGCAAUGGCAAUGGAAAAAUACUGUUGAUUUCAUGUUUUUGUGUGUUUAAAGACGUAUUGGGUGUUUGCUUUGAUUUUUAUUCUUAAGACACUACUGAUGGGUACAUGUUAGGGGUGUGAACGAUUAGAAUUUUUUUUAAUUAUGAUAUGAUUCUUUUAAACGGUUAUGAUUUACUAACCGGUUACACGUGUACUCGUGCACACCCCUAAUACAUGUAUGAUUUGUGUAUAUAAAACACUCCUGUUAUUGCCCACAGGCACCACUGGAAGGUACUUUUAUUUUGAAUGUUUUUCAUCUGCAUGAAAAUCUGCUGGAUUCUUAACUCCUACCUGCUACUAGAGCAGUUUGGUACUACUGAUCCUAGUUCAUGUUGCUGCGUUUGUUUUUUUGUUUUUUUAAGGAGUAACUGGAUGCAAUUCUUUUGGGGCUCUUUUAAGAGCCCACCAAAUCUGUUCCUUCAUUCUCUGGAGUGGUAUCUCUCGUUGACACUGGAAAAUAAAGGGGCAUCAUAUUUAAUUCUGGAAUUUCACCAAUUGCUUAUUUAUUCAGAAGUAGGAACAAGUGAAAUGUUGAUUUAACUGUUGGACAGGGUUGGUCACAAUGUUGGAUGUGAACGUGUGAAAUCAUCUACAGCCCUAGGCUCUGUAAUAUUGGUCUAUAGACGACGGUAUUGAAAGUAUCACACUGGCAGUUGGAUAUCCCAGGGCUAACUCUGUUAACCUGUGCUAGAGGUUCACUUAACUCACUUAUUUUUAACCAGUUCAUUGUUCCCUUCUGCAUGUGGUCGUGAACACUGCAGCCAUCAAUGUGAUUUUUAAACCCUUAUCGUGUCCAUUUCCUCUGCCUUCCCGUACAUACUCAUUCUUCUGAUAGUCGGCCAAACCUGUUGCUUGUUUGUAGGAAAAUUAACGUGUAGUGCAGAGUAUUGAAGGAAGACUGUCGGGGAAACAAAUCUCAAAUUUGUCUUGUCCUUUCUUUUUUAUGGGUAUUUUAUCAAAAGAUAUCCUGUCAAAUAUUUCCAGUGAUGCAAAUCUUUUCAGAAUUAGUUUCAAUGUGUACAUAGAGGAUGAACAAUAAAUACCUUUUUUCUUAUGAUGGUCAUCUUUAUUUGAGCAUUGCAAUAUGUGGGUUAAGUUUUGUUGUAAAGUGAUCUACUUUGUUUUUAAUUCAUUACUUUUCAGGGCAGGCCAUAUGGUUUAAUUAUCUCUGCCUUGGAUUGCGAAAUAACGGGUCACUUUCAAGACUUGUUGGGGAAGGGGGGGAGAUUCAUCACAGGAUAGUCAUGUGACCUUCUGAAAGAACUCGGGUUGCAUUCAAUCACUAAACUGACUUGUACACGAGGCAAGCUCAGAAACGUUAAUCUUACAGCGCCAUCUAGAGGAAGACCCUGACUUCUAUUGUGGGCUCGGCAUGAAUUCAAUGCGGUUUUUGAGUCUCCCUGUUCCUUCUCUUUCCAAGUACAUUGACAUCAAACUUUGAAAGAAAGACGUCAUAAUUCAUAUUACACUUAGAUUUCCCAAUAAUUGCCACACCUAGGGUAAUCAUAUAAACAUUGUGCUUGUCAAUUAUUCACUGGCCUGACUGAUACUAUGUAGUUGUUUUUUCGCUGUCUAAAGAUGGUACAGAUGGCCUAGUGUGAGUGCGCCCGCUCCGAGGCAAACUUAACACCCAUUCUAACAUUUGCAUUACGAUAGCUUACAAUUAUAAACAUCACCAGAUAAAUUCUCGUUCAUGUUCAACCAUCGCAAGCAGUUGUA